AUGCCGGCCUCGAAGCAUCAGCCCCCGCGCUUCAAGACGAUCCAGUCUUUCCAGACCGACUACGCCCCCGUCAACAUCACCCAGUAUGAAUCCACACGCACCGGCUUGCGCAUCGCCGUCGUCGACCGGAAGGGACCCAAGGUCGAGGGCGAGUUCGCUCUUGCCACGGAAAUCACCGACAACUCCGGGGCCCCACACACCCUCGAGCACUUGGUCUUCAUGGGUUCCAAGUCCUAUCGCUACACCGGCCUGCUCGACAAGCUCUCCUCUAGAGCCUUCUCCACCACCAAUGCAGGCACCGCCGUCGACUACACUUCCUACUCGCUCAAGACCGCUGGAUGGGAAGGCUUCUCUCAGAUCCUCCCCGUCUAUCUCGAGCACCUCAUUGUCCCGACCAUGACAGAUGCUGCCUGCUAUACCGAAGUCCAUCACAUCGAUGGCACAGGUCACGACGCCGGUGUGGUCUACUCGGAAAUGCAAGGCAGAGAGAACACCCCCGGAGAUCUGAUCGAACUCCAGAGGAGAGUGUUGAUGUACCCUGAAGGCAAUGGCUUCCGAUCUGAGACUGGCGGCAUGACCAAAGAGUUGCGCGUGUUGACGCCCGACCGCAUCCGAGCUUACCAUAAGGAAAUGUACCAGCCGAAGAAUCUGCGCGUCAUCAUCACCGGCGAGGUGGAUCAUGAUGAACUGCUCCAGAUCAUGGACGACUUUGAGAGCACCAUCGUCAACGACGUCCCGGCGCUCAACGACCCUUUCAGAAGACCUUGGGUUGACUCGAAGCCCACUCCCAAACUCACAGAGACCAAAGUGGAGACCAUCAGAUUUCCGGAAGAAGAUGAGUCCAUGGGCGAAAUCACCGUAGGCUGGAUAGGUCCAUCCUGUAACGAUUCUGUUGCAAACGCGGCCCUCUCAGUCAUCUUAUUCUACCUCGCAGACUCUCCCAUCAGUGUUUUGGAGAACGUUCUGGUGGAGAAGGAAUCAUUAGCCAGUGGUAUUUAUUACGAAACAGAGACCCGGCCUGAUGUCGUGAUCUGGUUCUAUCUGACCGCUGUCGAGACCGACAAGCUUCAAGACGUCUAUAGACGACUCCUAGAAGUCCUUCAAGAGGUGGCAGAUAAGCCACUGGACAUGCGGUAUCUGUCCGAGUGUCUGAAGCGCGAAAGACGACAGUUGAAAGAGCGAGCUGAGAGCUCGGAGGAUUUUUUCACUCAGCCGGUAAUUGAAGAUCACCUCUUCGGCAGCAGAGAUGGACAGAACCUGCAAGAUCUGAAGGACUUGUCAGAACUUGACGUUGUCGAACACUGGUCAGAAGCUCAAUGGAAGAAGGCAUUCCGGGAAUUGUUCAUCGAUAACCACCACGUCUGUGUGCUUGGAGUCCCCUCAAAACAGCUUUCAGAAGAGAACACCAAGCAAGAAGAGGCUCGUGUAAAGGCUCAACAAGAAAGGCUUGGCCAAGAAGGUCUCGAGAAACUGGCAGAGAGACUCGAAGAGGCAAAGGCCGAGAAUGGCAAGCCUAUCCCAGAAGAGAUGCUAGAACAGUUUCCAGUUCCUCGGCCAGAAUCUGUCAAGUUCAUGCCUACCACCACUGCCCGAUCAGGGUCCGCCAGGAAGAUGGGAGAGCUAGACAACGACGUCCAAAAAGUCGUCGACAAAGCCGACGAUGGGUUGCCAUUGUUCAUCCACUUUGAGCACAUUCCCUCCAACUUCCUCCGGGUCAAGCUAUAUCUCGGCACGGCGGCAAUACCUGAAGAGCUCAGACCGGUUCUCAGCCUUUACCUCGCCAACUUCUUCACAACACCUGUCACACGUGAUGGCAAGCGCAUCGAGUUUGAAGACCUGGUUGCAGAAUUGGACAAGGAGACGGUCGCCUACGCAGUCAGGUCAUCCUACGGAAAUCAGCAGAUGCUCACUCUCAGCUUCCGCACGGAGCCAGAGUCCUAUGAGACUGUGAUCUCUCAGAUUCGCACAGUCCUCUUCGAUUCAAUUCACGACCCCGUCAGACUCCAUGCCUCCUUGACAAAGCUCCUUGCAGAUAUACCCAGUGAGAAGCGUGAAGGAGAUGCUAUGGCCUGGGCUGUGAACGCCAUGAUCUCCACAACGCGCACGGCCAACCGACGCGCCAUGAACGUUUUGACGAAGACGCUAUACCUCAAACGCCUCCGCAAGCUCCUAAAACAAGACGAGGAGGCCGUCAUCGGCAAGCUGCAGACCCUCUGCCAGUCCCUACAUCGCCCAGAAAACUUCCGCAUCUACGUGGCUGGAGACAUCACCAAGCUUCCAAACCCGAUCACCUCGUGGCGCAAGCUCACGGACGGCAUGGAUCUGAGCAGACCUCUGAACCCUCUGGACGAAACCAAGCCUACAAUCAGCGAAACGGGAAAGAAGCCUGGCUCAGCGGCCUACAUCGUUCCUAUCACCGCCAUUGAUUCCUCGUAUCUGGUUCUGACAGGCCAGGGCCCCGAUGAUUGGGAGCAUGCAGACCUGCCUGCUCUGAUGGUCGCCAUUGCCUUCUUCCGUGCCGUCGAAGGCCCUCUAUGGACUUCCGUGCGAGGAACAGGACUUGCGUACGGCGCAACGAUACGGAGAGCGGUCGAUCUCGGAAAGCUUCACUUCUACAUCGACCGCAGCCCCGACUGCUACAAAGCCUUCGUCGCCGCAAGGUCCGAGAUCUCGGACUACGCCUCGGGCGCCAAAGCAUUCAAGACGCUCGCGAUCCAGAGCGCCGUCGGCGAGAUCGUGUUUGAGAUGGCGGAUGAAGCGCCCACCAUGGGCGCCGCGGCGGACGAGAGCUUCAUCAAUCAAGUCCUCCGCGGCGUGAGCAAGGAUUACGCCCAAGCGCUCCUCGCCAAGAUUGGCAAGGUUGGCGUCGAGGAGGUGAAAGAGGUCACGAACCGGUAUCUGGUUCCGCUCUUCAAGCCCGAGACUGCCAACCUGGUCGCUACGUGCGCGGGGAGUAUGAAGGAGAAGAUGGUCGAGGGGUUUAGCCGGGAAGGGUUCCAGGUGGAAGCGAAGAGCUUGGAGGAUUUUCAGGACGAUUAUGGACUUGCGGAGCCGGAGGGAGAGGAUGACGAUGAGGAUGACGAGGACGAGGAUGGGGAAUCACAGGAUGGAGAGGACGAAGAUGAAGAUGAAGAUGAAAAUAUGGAUGACGAUAAAUAG